AUGGUCAAACCAACAACCUGCUGUGGCCGCUCAUCCGAGUGCGUCUGCGCCCAGAAAGCUACCUGCUCGUGCGGCAAGCACUCUGCCAUGAACUGCACCUGUGAGAAGAAGUCCACCGAGAACACCAUCCAGGGCGCUCGUUGCUCAUGCCGCGCCCGCCCCGCCGGAGAGUGUACGUGCGACCGUGCGGACACCGAGAACGCGAAGCCUUCGGGAUCCACUUGCGCCUGCGGCCAGCGAAGUGCGGGAUCGUGUACCUGCGAGAAAGCCGCUGAUGGAGGCCUCCUCCCGGGCGAGGUCGACUUUACCACCAAGGCUUAA